GAACUAAAUGACAAAAUUCAAUGAGCAAAAAUUUCUUUGACUUUAUUAAAAUUUUUGUGUUUGAAAUCGUGUAGAAAAAUUUCGAACGAAGUUGAUGAUUUUGAAAAUGAAAAAAAAUAUUCUGUAAAGUGAUUUUAUUCAGGAGGCAUGUAUGUUUGAGUUGUUUGCAAAAUCCGUUUGAAGAAUGAAAUUUGAUGAUGUAUGCCAGAAAAAAUGUCAAUAGUGUGCCAAAUAUUUUAAUUGAGAAUUACUUGGAAUGCGUAAUAUAAGCCAAUUUUUUUCUUGCAAAUCUGAAUAUUCAUAGUUUUGCGCCCAAAAUCAAAAAUCCACGGGCGCCAGUUCAGACAAUAUGCAAAACACGUUUUGUGAAACCAAGUUUUCUCUACAAUUUAGGUGCAACUAUACAAAGCUUCUUCGGAAAAAUGCAACAAACGAGAAUAACGACAAAUGCUUAAUAGCAAAAUUAUGAAAACCCAGUGAAUCAAUUCAACGUAUGCAGCUGAUUGCACGAUAGAAAUGUCUCUAUCAAUUAAAUAUAAACCAAAAAUUCGCACAAGUUUGUUGCAGCAAAAUGCAAUAGACGCGUUUACGUUUUGCUCGCUACACCUGCGAUUGAUGAUUUUUCACAUGCAAAGUUCAACACGAUUUGCAUCUCAGUCUUUGUAUAUCAAAAUAUAGCUGCUGUAGUACAUGGAAUAUUGCGAGUAGAAUUUACAACUACAUUAGGGACAUGUAUUUGAAAAUUUCAACUUAAGCCGGGGUUUGUCAUUCGAAAUCCCCAAUGAGCACAGUAGUUCGAUUCGAAUGUUGUUUUAUAAUAUAUUCAAAAAUGCCAUAAAACGCGAUUAUUGUAGGAUUGCCUAUGAAUAAAAUCAGAGCACAUCGUCUCUGUAAUACAGCUGUGAAAUUAUCGACGGAAUUUGAGAAAAUAUUUGGAAAAUUAACCAAACGGAAAAUUGUCGGCGUGAACAUCAGAACAAAUUUUAGAAAAUAUGGAUCAAAAUGACAUAGCCAAUCAAUCAGUGAGUGAGUCGGAUAAAUCGUUGAACAUCAGUGACGUCAUUAACGCAAUCCGAGACACAGAUCCCUGUGCAACGGGUAUUUUUAAUAGUGGAUCCGCAUCAACAGCUGAAGUUAAUUCGCAGCAAUCACCAAAUACUCACACGAAUACCGGAAGAACAACAGCAAUGACAGGCAGAAGCAAUCAUCACAGUUCACGUGCUCCUCAAAGCCCAUAUCCGAAUGCAUAUGUUAAAAUAAUAGAGCAACCUGCACCAAAAGCUUUACGAUUUCGUUACGAAUGUGAAGGUAGGUCAGCUGGUUCUAUUCCGGGAGCAAACUCUACACCUGAUAACAAAGCAUAUCCAGGAAUUCAGGUAGUUAAUUAUCGUGGUCGUGCUGUUGUUGUCGUAUCAUGUGUCACAAAAGAAAAACCUUAUCGCGCUCAUCCCCACAAAUUGGUGGGAAAGGAUAUUUGCAGUAAAGGAGUUUGCACACUUGAAAUUAACAAUGACAAUAUGACCGCUACGUUCGCAAAUUUGGGGAUCCAAUGUGUUAAAAAGAAGGACAUUGAUGAUUCGUUGAAAGAACGAGAAAAAAUCCGUGUUGAUCCCUUCAGAAAGGGAUUUGGACAUGCUUCUCAGCCAUCAAGCAUCGAUUUGAAUGCAGUUCGAUUGUGUUUUCAGGUAUUUCUCAAAGAUCCAGAAGGUCAUAACUUUAAUAUUCCGCUCGAACCAGUUGUCUCCGAACCAAUUUUUGACAAAAAAGCCAUGUCAGACCUCGUGAUUUGUAAACUAAGCAAGCCAAGUUGCACUGUGGAUGGUGGAGAAGAGAUAAUUUUAUUGUGUGAGAAGGUAUCAAAGGAAGAUAUACAGGUGCGAUUUUAUGAAGAAAAUCAAGGCGUAAUCCUAUGGGAAGGCUUCGGUGAAUUUCAACACACAAAUGUCCAUAAACAAGUUGCAAUUUCAUUUCGAACCCCGCAAUAUAAAACAAUUGAUAUCUCACAACCUGUCAAGUGCUUCAUACAAUUGCGUAGACCAUCCGAUAGUGCGACUAGCGAUUCUUUGCCGUUCGAGUAUAUUCCAUCAGAUAAAAGAAAACGCAAGCGUUUAUCCCCUGGAAAUUUAUUUGACCUACCACCGCAUGACGGUCGAUGGAUGCAACAACCACCAACAGCUUUUUUGCUGAUGCCAGAUGUGAAACAAGAACCAGUAUCACCGAAGUAUGUUGACAGCACAACAACAACAACAACACCACCACCACCUCAUCGUUAUACACCGUCACCGAAUCCAUUGAAUCCAUCACUUUCGCCAAACAUUCCGGGUGAUAUGAUGGGCUACAUUCCAUCGGUAUCACCUUUGCAAAAUGCAAACAUUCUCAAUCCACAACAAUAUCAGACUCAAUCGAAUCACAAUCAAUUCAAUAUUCCGAAUACAUCUAUGGUUACAGCAACCAUAAACUUUCUCACAAAUAAUCAAACUGAACAAAAAAAUGUUACAAACAUUCUGCCAAAUAAUAAUUUAGAUAAUCUAAAUCAAUUGGACAACAGAAUAAAUCAAUUGGACACCGCGCAGAAUGAAAAUAAUGAAAAUAUUCUAGAUAAUGUCAGCGGAAUGAAUAUCAGCAGUUUUCUCGAUUUAGAUAGUCAACAGCAAAUAAAUACAAACGAUUUGGACAUGAUAAGUGAUUUAUUGAGCUUUGGUAAUGGCACCGAAACUGCAGCGAAUCAAAGCAACACUCCAAUGACGAUCAAUGCAAUACAAUCGAAUACAUUUGGUGAUGAAGAGGAAAACAUGACCGAUAGUUUUAAGCAAUUCUCACUCCAAGAAUGAUUCAUUUUUUUUUGUUAUUGUUUUAAAAAAAAUAUUAAGUUACCAAUAAAUAUUUUACUUGCACAUAAAAUUUGGA